UUGUUCCAGGCUGGAGGCCUAAACUUCUUACUGGGAUGACAGCCUUCUUCUGCAUCCGACCCCCAGACUCUGACCUUAGCUCCUUGACUGCAGGGGGCUCUCAGGACCCUUUUAUCAAAGCACCUGUUACAGAGCAAGGAGAGAGAGAGAGCUGGAGACCUCUAGAGCCCAUUGCAGGAGGAAGGUUUCUGCUAGUCUGCUUGGAACAGGCUUAAGAACUGGUAAUCACUCAAGGAAAUUGAAGCAGCUCUGCCAGGAAUUCCCUCUCUCCUUAAGCAUACACUCUCUUUUUUUUGGGGGAAGCAAAAUUUACCUGUUAUUGGAGGAAAGUUCAGAUCCAGCACUUGUGGAUUUCCUGCACCUAAAAGUAUAGUGGGAAUAAUUUCUGAGACGUAUUCAAACAGCGAAACCGAAGAGAAGACUUUCAAGCGUAGACUGAGCUGUUCCCUCUCCCCCCAUCCCCCCCCCGUCCUGGAUUCAGGGAUGGUAAUAUAUGGUAAUAUUUGAUAUCACUGACAGUUCUUUUAUCUACUAAGAUGCCCGGUGUUCUGCGCUAUAUUUGGACCAUACUUUGUAUUGCCGGAUUUUUGUGCCAUUUUGCUAAUGGAAGUUUUGUGAAAAAUCAUCUGAGAUCAAGUUUUAUCCAGAGGAAAUUAAGUGGUAGAGAGAAGCGUGAAAUGCAGAGAGAGAUACUGUCCAUCUUGGGGUUGCCUGGGAGACCCAGACCCGCAAACGGUGGCCAGUUUCCAUCAUCAGCACCCUUGUUCAUGUUGGAUCUUUAUCAUGCGAUGUGCAGUGAGGAAGAGGAUGAUGGAGGGCAAGGGGUAUCCAGGCCACUGUUCACCACUCUGAGCACACAGAGCCCUCCACUGGGAGCAGUUAUAAGUGAGGCUGAUACCGUCAUGAGUUUUGUCAAUAUGGUGGAAAAUGACAGAGAUAUCUUCCAUCAGAAGCCAUACUGGAAAGAGUUUAAAUUUGACAUGACUCAGAUUCCGACUGGAGAAUCUGUAACAGUAGCUGAGUUUCGACUUUUUAAAACUCGCAGUUUUUCACGGCAGUUUAACAGGACCCUUCACAUCAGCAUUUACGAGAUCCUACGGGAACAUGCAAACCGACAACCUGAGUUAACUUUGCUGGACCACGAGAGCAUACAGGCUGGGGAUGAAGGGUGGUUGGUGUUUGACGUCACAGCAGCUAGUAACCACUGGUUGCUUAACUCAAAAUAUAAUUCAGGGCUGCGCCUCUAUGUGGAGAAUGAUGACGGACAGAGCAUUGAUCCAAGCUUGGCAGGCAUCUUAGGAAGACGAGCACCUCGUUCCAAACAGCCAUUCAUGGUUACAUUUUUUAGAGCAAGUAAAAAUCAAAUCCGAUCUACAAGGGCAAUUAAACAACUAAAAAAAAGGCAACAGAAGAAACACAGUGAUCUUCCACAUCCCAACAAAUUACCCAGCGUAUUUGAUCAUAUACAUGUUCCUGAUGGCAGACAAGUGUGCAAAAGGCAUGAGUUGUAUGUCAGCUUUCGAGAUUUAGGUUGGCUGGACUGGGUAAUAGCUCCACAGGGGUACUCAGCAUUUUACUGUGAGGGAGAAUGUUCAUUUCCACUUGAUUCCUGUAUGAAUGCCACCAACCAUGCCAUCUUACAAUCACUAGUUCACCUUAUGAAGCCAGAAAGUGUUCCCAAAGCAUGCUGCGCUCCCACUAAACUCUCAGCAACAUCAGUACUUUACUAUGACAACAAUAACAAUGUAAUACUAAAGAAGCACAGGAACAUGGUGGUCAAGUCUUGUGGAUGCCACUGAACAAGAUGAAGGAUAUGUGGAGUUGCA